CCAAAACAAAUUUUCAAAAAUUUAAAUCAGAAUAUUAAACUAAUCUAAACAUACAGUAUGUAUAUAUCUAAAAUAUUCUGGUAAUAUAUAUGGAUUAGGUGGCAAUGGCAUAAAAUCCAAACGCAGGGUCUAUUCUCAUUGAUUUGCAAUGAUUUUAUUUUAUUUUUUGGUUUUAUUGAUUUGCAAUGAUGAUGAUGGGUUUGAGUCAGUUUGACCCAUAAAAUAUAAAUAGUUGGACCUAAGAUAAGAUAAGACCAAGUUUUGUUAUUAAUCGGCCUUAAAGCUAAUCGAGAGAGCGUGUGAUCCUCACGCGACCAAACUUUAACCAACCAACACUAAAACAGUUAAGUCCGGUAACGGUAACGACCACUGUCAAACACUCUCAAGUCUCUCAAGCAAUAUGCUUAAAUUUAUUUGUUUGAUUUUUGAUUUCAUAAUUUUUUCAAAUUUUUUUCUCCAUUGUUAAAAAUAAGGGGAUACAAAUACUUUUUAAAUUUCUAAGGAAUGAAUAACUUUUUAUAAAUAAAAAAAGAACCAUGGAAGAAGUGAAUGGUGGCGUGAAAGAGAAGCAUGAGGAGAAAGAGAGAGACAGAGCUAAAGGCGGUGGUCCCUAAGCUUAGCCGCACUACGACACUUAGUUCCAUCACGUGCCUCCCACGCGCGCAUGAUAUAAUCUCCACCGUCCACAACAUUGACUUUCAAUACAUCGAUGACCAAAAUCAACGGUAAGAAACAGAUAUCAGUAGCUAAAAUAACACGAAACACAUGCCCUUAAAAAAAAACACAAAUAACACGAUGAUACUUAGCGUGCGGAUUAGUGAACAAUCGAGUAUACCAGCUUAAAGCCUGUAUUAAUGUUUUCCUUCUUCUCUAUUAACAAAUAAAGAUUAAAGCUCUAUGUAAAUAAUGUUUCAUCACUUUGGUCCACAGACAGAACAAAAACAUAAGCACUUCAUAUGUUUUUUUUUUUUUUUUAACCUUAAUCUUUAUUUGCUUUUUUAAUCUCUUGAUCCAAGAGUUCACGUUUACUUGUAACAGAAGUCUUUGUAAAUCAUAUUAUACCAAGUCUCGUCUUUAUUCUCUCUCAAAUGAAAAAUGUCAUCUUACGAAAUCUCUCACAUUGAUUUGGAAAAUGGUUCCGGCGAACGCCAUUACCGUCGAAGUGACGUCAGUGGAGAAGACAGUUCAUCUUGUGAUUACGACUACGAUUUUCACUCAGCUGUUCGUAGCUUUUGCGGUGAGUUUGAGAUGGCUGAUGACUUGGACGACGACUCAGUAUCAGCCUCAGAAUCAGAACCUUCUGAUUCAAUGGAAGUGUCUCCAGAGAAAGAUUGCCGGAUUUGCCAUUUGGGUUUAGAGAGUAGUCGCCAUGAAUGUGGAGAUCCAAUGGUUCUUGGAUGUUCUUGUAAAGAUGAUUUGGGUUACGUUCAUAAGCAAUGUGCCGAUACUUGGUUCAAGAUCAAGGGUAAUAAGACUUGCGAGAUUUGUCGUUCGAUAGCUCAAAACUUUUCUAAAGUUGACAAUGAGAUUGAUCAAACAACAACGGUUGAAACCAAUGUAGAUGACGUAGAGGCCGGAAAUACAUCCACGGUGGUGGCUACAAGCGACUCCGAUGAUCGGAGAUUCUGGAGAGGAAAUAGAUUCCUUAAUUUCCUUUUAACAUGUAUGGUCUGUGCAUUUGUGAUCUCAUGGUUCUUUCACUUUAACUUGCCUUCAAAACAAUGAGAAAGAAGAUCAAAAUCCUCUGUUUUUUUCUUUUCU